GCCUUGCACUCCACGCCUGGGCUGCCGUGCAGGAGUCCCUGAGCCCUGCCCUUGCGCUGCUGCCGUGCAGCCCCAUCCCACACCCUGCCUGUUCACACGAGGGCCCUGGGGCAGCGCCUGCCCACGGGCACCCCAAAAGAACCUCCUGGGUGAAGCGGGGCUGUGCCGGGCCUGGCCGGGCUUCGCCUGGGCGUGAAGGGAUCCUGAGCGCAGGAGGGGCCAGGCGAGGCGGGAGGAAUGCGAGUGGGAGAGCGGCCGGGCAUGUAGCGACAGCUCCUGGGGCGCGCGGCGCCGGGAUCCCACACGCUGCACGGGGCAGGGAGCAGAGCCCCGGCAACAGGGGCCGGCAUGGGGCACCCCGCCGCUCAUCCCCUCUGAGAACCGGGAGCGCAGGGCGGGGAGAGCCCCGGGGGGCAGCGCAGCCACCGCGGGGGUCCCGGCCCCGGGGAACUCAGCUCUGACGUGGAGGGGCUGGGAAUCCCCCAGCGGGUGAUGCCCGGCUGAGCCCACGCGAGGUGCGGAGGAUCCUGGAGGGCCGAGGGGCCGCUAUGACCCCCGAGAAGGUGCUGAGGGAGGGGGUGCUGGAGAAGCGGAGCGGGGGGCUGCUGCAGCUCUGGAAGAAGAAGCGGUGCCUGCUGACGGAGAAGGGGCUGCAGCUCUUCGAGCCCAAGGGGUCGCGGCGCAAGGAGCUGAGCUUCGCCCGCAUGAAGGCGGUGGAGUGCGUGGAGUGGAAGGAGCGGCACAUCUACUUCACGGUGGUGAUGGACGACAGCCACGAGAUCGACUUCCGCUGCGCCCAGGAGGACCCGGGCUGGAACGCCGAGAUCACCAUGGGCCUCGUGCGCUUCAAGAACCAGCAGGCGAUCCAGGUCGUCCGCGCCCGGCACAGCUGCCGAGCAGUGGCACAGUUCGACACAGCCCCGGUGGGACAGCCCAUGGACACGCAGCAUCCCAGGAGCCGGAUGGAGAUGGCUCUCGGCUCGGCACGAGGUGGGGAGAACGGGAUCCCAGCGGGCAAGUGA